GAUCCGGCAGCGCCGCGGAGACGAGCGGUCACCGGCGCCCGACGCGAGCGCGCCCGGAGGACGGCGGGAGCCGAGCCGAGCCCCCGGUAGCGCCGCGCGGACUCUGAGGCUCAGAGGGGCAGCUUAAGGGGAGGGCCCCACCACUGGCCAGGGCUCCCCAGGCUCUGCUGCUCUGCCACUCAGCUGCCCUCGGAGGAGUGCGCACACCCACCAGGACUGCAUUGCCCCAGCUGUGCAGCCCCUGCCAGAUGUGGGAGGCAGCUAGCUGCCCAGAGGCAUGCCCCACUGUCAGCCACGUCGACCCCUGCUACUGUUGCUGCUGCUGCUGGCCUGCCAGCCACAGGCCCCCUCCGCUCAGGUGAUGGACUUCCUGUUUGAGAAGUGGAAGCUCUACGGUGACCAGUGUCACCACAACCUGAGCCUGCUGCCCCCUCCCACGGAGCUGGUCUGUAACAGAACCUUCGACAAGUAUUCCUGCUGGCCAGACACCCCCGCCAAUACCACGGCCAACAUCUCCUGCCCCUGGUACCUGCCUUGGUACCACAAAGUGCAACACGGCUUCGUGUUCAAGAGAUGUGGGCCCGAUGGUCAGUGGGUGCACGGACCCCGGGGGCAGCCUUGGCGUGAUGCCUCUCAGUGCCAGAUGGACGGCGAGGAGAUUGAGGUCCAGAAGGAGGUGGCUAAGAUGUACAGCAGAUUCCAGGUGAUGUACACGGUGGGCUACAGCCUGUCCCUGGGGGCCCUGCUCCUCGCCUUGGCCAUCCUGGGGGGCCUCAGCAAGCUGCACUGCACCCGCAACGCCAUCCAUGCGAACCUGUUUGUGUCCUUCGUGCUGAGGGCCAGCUCCGUGCUGGUCGUCGAUGGGCUGCUCAGGACCCGCUACAACCGGAAGAUUGGCGACGACCUCAGUGUCCGCACCUGGCUCAGUGAUGGGGAGUUGGCCGGCUGCCGUGUGGCCGCGGUGUUCAUGCAAUAUGGCGUCGUGGCCAACUACUGCUGGCUGCUGGUGGAAGGCCUGUACCUGCACAACCUGCUGGGCCUGGCCGCCCUCCCUGAAAGGAGCUUCUUCAGCCUCUACCUGGGCAUUGGCUGGGGUGCCCCCAUGCUGUUCAUCAUCCCCUGGGUGGUGGUCAGGUGUCUGUUCGAGAACUUCCAGUGCUGGACCAGCAAUAGGAACAUGGGCUUCUGGUGGAUCCCACGGUUCCCUGUCUUCCUGGCCAUCCUGAUCAACUUCUUCAUCUUCAUCCGCAUUGUUCACCUGCUCGUGGCCAAGCUGCGGGCGCGGCAGAUGCACCACACAGACUACAAGUUCCGGCUGGCCAAGUCCACACUGACCCUCAUCCCCCUGCUGGGUGUCCACGAAGUGAUCUUCGCCUUCGUGACGGACGAGCACGCCCAGGGCACCCUGCGCUUCGCCAAGCUCUUCUUCGACCUCUUCCUCAGCUCCUUCCAGGGCCUGCUGGUGGCUGUCCUCUACUGCUUCCUCAACAAGGAGGUGCAGUCGGAGCUUCGGCGGCAUUGGCACCGCUGGCGCCUGGGCAAAGUGCUGCAGGAGGAGCGGAGCACCAGCAACCACAAGGCCCCAUCUGCGCCUGGCCGAGGCCUUCCUGGCAAGAAGCUGCAGUCUGGGAGGGGUGGUGGCAGCCAGGACUCAUCUGCAGAGAUCCCCUUGGCUGGUGGCCUCUCUAGGUUGGCUGAGAACCCCUCUGAACCCUGCUGGGACCCCAGCUAGGGUUGGACUCAGGCACCUAGAGGGCAUCGCUGGACAACCCAGAACCGGACGCCCAGCUGAGGCGGGGAGCCAACAGCAGCCCCCGCCUAUCCCCCACCCCCAGUGUGGCAGUCCGCGAGAUGGGGCCUCCUCUCCCUGCACCUGCCCUGUCCCUGGUGCAGGGGCGAGCUGAGGAGUCCAGGGCGGGGGUGGGGGCUGUGCUGUGAACUGCUCACCAGUGUCCCCAUGUUAUGUUGGCACGUGCUACAUGCGUGGAGAUGUCCUUCAAUAAUAAAGAGCUCACAUGGUCACC